AUGUUGAUCACCGUUCUUCAAGUGUUCAGGAACAGCGUCACUACGGUAGUCAAGUAAAAUGUCAAAAUUACAAGCGUGAAGACGUACAUAGUUGCGCAUCAGCUUGCUGUCGAGUAAAUUUCAUUAAAGAUCUAGAGUGAAUACAUUCAUUUUGGACUCAUUUGUGAGUGAUUCGAUAUUGUGCCGACUAAAUAUGUAAUGAUUUUGUUUUCUGGCCAAAACAAAAUAAGGAAACAUUAAUAAAACGAGACUUCUUCUAUAACCAAUUUUAAGCACUAAUGUCCAGCUGAUGCAUUUUAACGUAUUUGACAGUUGAAAUUGCGUAAUUGUUGCUAGGAUUUUCUUAUGAGUCUUUUUACGCAAUUUAUUUAAAUUGCCGUAUAGAAUGGCGGAUUUGGAUGACUUAUUUCAUUUAGAUCAAUACAUAGGUCCAGAAUCUCUUACAAAAUUAUGUUUCCAAGUGAUCUGCAAAAAUUUGGACAUUAUCUCGGUAAGGGAUGAACAUGACUACCGAUAUCUUUUGAAAGGAGUGGUUUUCCCAAGCGAGAUAUGCGAUAAACUUAUUAAAUACGUUUUACAAAACGAUUCGGAUGAUCACAAUCAUUUCUUUACGAUUUUCAAAAAUGUAUGGAUAACCAAACUUAAACGCGUCAAAGUUGUAGAAUCCAAUAUAACUGAUGAUUCAGUACAGAUCCUUACAAAUCAUAAACUUGUGAGAUUAGAAUUAACAGACUGCCCUAAUUUAACGAAUUUAUCUAUUGACUAUAUAAAUGCAAAUGCAGAAAAUUUACAUACUUUUGUAUGCCGUGGAACUUCUAUGGUCAUUCCAGACAAACUUAUAGCAUACCAGAAACGAGGAUAUGUAUUUAAAAUACCAAAUUUAAGGACCUUGGCUUUAGAAUAUGUUCCAAUUUGUGCCUCAGAAUAUAACAUGCUCUUGGCUGGAUUAACAAAUUUAACAAAUUUAGAUUUGUCCAAUAGUUUUGAUGUGGGCACAUUUGAUUUUUUCCAUUUGAUUCCCAAUUUAAUAUCCUUAGUUUUAUAUAAUAUUAAAAUUAUUUCUCAAGCACAAGCUUUUGUUAGCAAUAUAUGUCAUUUGAAAAAUUUAAGGCAUUUGGAUAUAUCUCAAAUUAAUCCAGAGGAUGGAAUAUUUGCAAAUCCUAAUACAAUCUUGUCCGAUAUAAUAAAUGGUUUGCCUCAAUUAACUUCUUUAGAUAUUGGUGGUACAAAUCUAGCAGGAAUAGAAAUUGUAGAUCGUGGAAUACAAACAGUUGAACAUUCUUUCUACUCUGACAUAUAUAAUAAUAAUCUUUGUGACAUACCAGGUCUUAUAUCAAGAGUAGAUAGACCUUUACAAUUUUUAGGACUCUACAGAGCAAAUGAUGCACCUUGCAGACGACGUAAUAUUCCAGCAAAAUUGAUUGCAGGAAAUGCAAAUGAAGAUCAAAUAUUGGUUGCAGCUCAUGUUUAUAUGAAUAAUAAAGAGGAUUUAAUGUUAAAAAUAAUAAGUGAUUUAUAUCAUAUGUACAGAUAUGAAAAUUGUCAUAAAAUGGAUCAAGCACUUUGUGCAGUAUUAGAAGCAAUGGAGAAAUAUUCUACUCAAAAAGAUAUACAAAUAUCUGGAAGUGCAGCAUUGUUUUAUAUUGUGAAAAUGAAAGAAAAAGGCGAAUUAGAAGCCAGAUUGAAAAAAAGAAUUGUCCGUACUCUUCUUGUUGGAAUGAGUAUUCAUAAAAAUGAAGAAACUAUGAUGCGCAAUGGUUGUCUAACAUUAUUCCAAUUUCGAUUACCACAAGAUGUAAUGUCACACUAUGAAACAUUGGUAAAACUACUUUUGCAUUUAGCUAAACAUGCACAACAGGAAAGUUAUAUUCAACGUAUUGGAAUAUUUCUUUUAAAUACUCUAGCAUGUCAAGUAACAGGCAGAGAAAAGCGUUUAUUAGGCAAUCUCGGUUGUAUAAAGACAAUGCUUGAACUAAUUAAAUACAGAGUUGAAUCUAGAACAUUUGAUGAUGUUAUGGAAGUAGCUUGGUCAACUAUGUGGAAUGUGACUGAUGAAACUCCUAUAAAUUGUCAACGAUUUUUUGAAGAAAAUGGCAUGCUGCUAUUCUACAAAUGUGUGAAGCAAUACUCUCGUAAAGAAGAAUUAUUAAAAAAUAUGAUGGGAUUACUUGGUAAUGUGGCUGAAGUACAAAGUCUUAGAGUGCAUCUAAUGCAAUUACCAUAUAUGGUUGUUUUUACAGAUUUAAUACGUACUGUCAGAGAAAGCAUUGAGGUACCAUACAAUGCAGUCGGUAUAUUAGCUCACAUAGCAUCUGAUGGUGUUGGAGCAUGGACAAUAGAAAAACCUAGUCGAGAUGUUGUUCUUGAACUUAUGGUUGAAGCUAUUGAACGAUGGGAUAUAUCAUCAGAACGUAAUAUUAAUUACCGUUCAUUUUUACCACUAUUACGUUUGGUAGAUAUAUAUCAUACACCACAAUGUCAACAUUGGGCAGUUUGGGCUCUUGCUAAUCUUACAACUGUUUAUCCCCAUAAAUAUUGCAUAUUAGUUAUUCGAGAAGGAGGCCUCGAGAAAUUGAAUACUUUAAUCUCAGAUCCAAGACCAUACGAACGUAUAAAAGAACUUGCCCAUAUUGUAAUUGAAAAUUGUAGUCAUUAUAGUAGCAACUCCAAUGACAUGAAUGUUCAUUCGCCUUUAGAUGAAGAUUAUAUAUAUAGUUCAGAUGGUUGAAACCCGAUUUUCAUUAUUAUAAUUCAAACAUCAUAAAAGGUAGAAUGUUUUAUGUCUGUAACAAAAUAUCUUUUAAAAAAAUGAGUGUGAGUAAGAUUAUAAAACAUACUAAACAUAUGUACGUUGAUUUGCCAAAUUGUAAAUUUCGAAUUGAGUGCUCAGACAAUCUUACUUGCACUUUCACAAUAUAAAAUUUCAUUGCAUAUUUUAUUUAUUACAUAUGAAAUUUAACUAUGAGUGAAAAUACAUUAAUAUAAUAAUGAUAUUAUUAACAAGAAAAUAUUAAUUAGUUUAAUAAAAAUAUUUUUGAUGCUCAUAACCAAUAUUUAUGGUUACUUAUAAACAUACUUUUUAUUUAUGUAAAUAAUUACGCUGUAUUAUAAAUAAGACAAACUAAAAUUAGACUGAAACUAUUUGUUUAAAUAAUAAUAAUAGAUUUCAAACUUAUAUUAAGUUUCUUAUAUCUGUGUGAAUUCUUUGUAGAUAUUUGUAUUAUAAACAACUUUAUUAGUUGCCAUUAUACUUUAUUUGAUAAAAAAUGAUUAAAAUAAAAAAAAUACAUUAAACUCUAUUAUGUAAAUAUAACUAAAAUGAAAUAAGAUGAAUUAGGUUUACAAAUUUGUACAUCUCUAUUAUUAGAAUUCUUUCAAAUAAUGAUGCUGUUGUUAAAAUUAAGCCAUAAAAUGAACAUUAUAACUUCAACUAUUUGUAGAUUUUAGUUAUUAUUACACAGCUAGGAAAAUACCUGUGUGAAUGAUUAUCUAAAUGAUUGUUAUUGUAAUCGUUAUGUAACAUUAAUGUAUGCGUGUAAUAAAUUGCAAAAAUUCUUGAUUUGUUUCUAUAACAUAAAGUUACAUUAAGACACUCCUUUU